AUAUGAUUGGACGCUGCAUGCUUGUCAGGAAGAAAGAGCUGCUGUGUUGAGGCCGAAAACUCAGACACAAGCAGGACCCUUGGACGAUCCUGGAGUAUCUCCGUGGAAGGAAUAUACUCUACUGGACACUGGGAAGGCAUUUUAACUAACCGAGCUUCCGCGGAGCACUGCCCGAGUCUCCCUACUCCUGCUGUCGAGGCCGCCGCGCUUCUGUGUCUCCCCUCCGACUGUGUGUCGUUGGCAGCAGGUCACAGUAAUCCGUACCCACUGCGAGUAAUGAGAUUGAGAGGAGCCUGACCUGUCUGAGAUUUAAGUCUCUAUCUAGCCCGGAGGAAACAUCUCAGCUGUUGCUGCUGGUAGCUGCGGCUAACAGCUGAGGCUGCCGGACCGGAUACACAUCCCGAUAAAGCUCCACUACAUGGAGCAAGUCAGCUGCGGACCACCUUCUCAUUUUGCGCAGGGAGAACUGUUAUGACUGAUCUAUAGCAGCAGCUUUUUAAGCAGCAUCGUGGGCUGUUCAUGAAUAUAUAUUUGACUAAGGAACCCUCAAAGCAGCAGUUUGAAGCCGCAGUGCCAUGAAUCAGCCUGGACAACAGCUGUUACCCACAUAGAGGUCACUUUACCUCUCUUUCCAUUUAUUCAGUCCAGAGGAUGCUGGGAAUGUGUCGUGGACGCAGGAAGUUCCUGGCGGCCUCUCUUGCUUUGCUCUUCAUCCCAGCACUCACCUGGUUUUACCUGUCAGUCGGGAGCUUUCAAGUGAAGCCCCUCCCCCUGUCUCCAUUGGAAGUUCAAUCAUCAACGCCACUGGGCAGAGCUAGCGAGAGGCAGGCCUUAGAGCUGCGAGUCCGGGCAGUGGAGGAAGAGAACCGGGCACUGCGCCGUGAGCUUAGCCGGCCACCCAGGAGCCUGUCUGCACACCUUCCAAGCGCCGGUCACCGUGGCAACCAAAGCCGAACCCAUUCAGAGGAAGGCACAGGUGACAAUGAGGGCCAGAAAGCUGCUUCAGUGGGAAACAGCUCAGAAUGUGUGCAGCUACCAGUGGUGGAUAAGUGUGAGACCAUCCACGUGGCGAUCGUUUGUGCAGGUUACAACGCCAGUCGAGACGUGGUGACACUGGUUAAAUCUGUCCUUUUCCACAGGCGAAAUCCACUACAUUUCCAUUUCAUCACAGACUCCAUUGCUCAGCAGAUCCUGUCCUCUUUGUUCCAUACCUGGAUGGUCCCUGCUGUCAAGGUCGACUUCUACGAUGCAGAUGAGUUGAAGUCUGAGGUGUCGUGGAUCCCGAACAAACAUUACUCUGGAAUCUAUGGCCUGAUGAAGCUGGUGCUCACUAAGACGCUGCCGUCCGACCUGCAGAGAGUCAUUGUCCUGGACACAGACAUCACAUUUGCAACUGACAUUGCUGAACUCUGGGCGGUCUUCCACAAGUUCAAAGGUCAGCAGGUUCUUGGUCUGGUGGAGAACCAGAGUGACUGGUACCUGGGGAACCUUUGGAAGAACCAUCGACCCUGGCCGGCUCUGAGUAGAGGCUUCAACACUGGGGUGAUUUUGCUUCUCCUGGAUCGUCUGCGAAAGCUGAGAUGGGAGCAGAUGUGGAGGCUAACUGCAGAGAGAGAACUAAUGAGCAUGCUGUCCACCUCCCUGGCAGACCAGGACAUCUUCAACGCUGUGAUCAAACAGAACCCUUUCCUGGUUCACCAGCUGCCCUGCUUCUGGAAUGUCCAGCUGUCCGACCACACCCGCUCUGAGAAGUGCUACAAAGACGUGUCAGACCUCAAGGUGAUCCACUGGAAUUCUCCCAAAAAGCUGCGAGUUAAGAACAAGCAUGUGGAGUUUUUUCGGAAUCUCUAUCUUACCUUUCUGGAGUACGAUGGCAACCUGCUGCGACGAGAGCUGUUUGGAUGUCCCAGCGAGGCUGACCACAACAGUGAGAACCUUCAGAAGACUCUUUCAGAGCUGGAUGAAGAUGAUCCUUGCUACGAGUUUCGUCGAGAACGAUUCACCGUCCACAGAACGCACCUCUACUUCCUCCACUAUGAGUAUGAGCCCAGCUCUGACAAUACUGACGUCACUCUAGUAGCCCAGCUCUCUAUGGACAGGCUCCAGAUGUUGGAGGCUAUAUGUAAACACUGGGAAGGUCCAGUCAGCCUGGCCCUGUAUCUGUCCGACGCUGAGGCCCAGCAGUUUUUGCGCUAUGCUCAGGGCUCCGAGGUGUUGAUGAGCCGCGGGAACGUCGGUUACCACAUCGUCUACAAAGAGGGACAGUUCUACCCAGUCAACCUGCUGCGUAAUGUGGCCAUGCGGCAGGUCAACACACCUUACAUGUUCCUGUCAGACAUCGACUUCCUGCCAAUGUACGGCCUGUAUGAGUACCUCAGGAAGUCAGUGGUGCAGCUGGACAUGGCCAAUGCCAAGAAAGCUUUGGUGGUUCCAGCCUUUGAGACGCUGCGAUAUCGUCUUUCGUACCCAAAGUCCAAGGCCGAGCUGCUCUCCCAGCUGGACAUGGGCACACUCUUCACCUUCAGGUACCAUGUGUGGACUAAAGGCCAUGCACCAACUAACUUUGCCAAAUGGCGGACAGCAACUACACCCUACCAGGUGCAGUGGGAACCUGACUUCGAGCCCUACGUCAUGGUAAGGAGGGACAGUCCUGAGUAUGACCGCAGGUUUGUGGGCUUUGGCUGGAACAAGGUGGCUCACAUCAUGGAGCUGGAUGCACAGGAGUAUGAGUUUGUGGUUCUGCCCAACGCUUACAUGAUCCACAUGCCUCAUGCGCCCAGCUUCGACAUCACCAAGUUCCGCUCCAACAAGCAGUACCGGGUCUGCCUCAAAACCCUGAAAGAGGAGUUCCAGCAGAACAUGUCGCGGCGCUACGGCUUUGCCGCCCUAAAAUACAUGACGGCUGAGAACAUCAGCUAGCCACAACUGCAGAUCCUCACACCCCCGGCCCUAAACUACUGACACACUGCAUGGGCUGGGCUGGGCUAGGGUGGGGGGGUUGCACAGGAAAUGGACAGCCCAUGUGAGGCCAUCAGGAUACUUUGAGACGAGAGUCCCUCUGACUUUAUUAGAACGUUUGCCCCUUUUCUGUGUGGGACUGCAAGGGUCUUUAUGUCCAUUUUUUGUCCUCUGCUGUGGACAACAUAAGUGAGUGCUAGGGACAGGCCCCGAAUGUGUGGGCCCUAAGCCCUGAUAUCUGACAGACAGCAGGCAAGGAAAGCAGACAUGCAAUGCCUUGCCAUAUUUUUAAAGCCAGUGACAGAGUUGUGGGCUGCGUGUAACAUUAUGGAUGUAUGAAUGGGUGUGAGUGUGUGUACAUGCAGGUGGAUGAAAAGUGUGAUUGUGCGUUUGUUUCUCUAGGACAGUGCUUAGAAAAAAAGGUUAGGGAGAGCUUCAGAUGUAAAGCAUUGUGGGCCUAUAUUUUGUUUGCACGCCUUCCAAGCUGACAACAAGUGGCAGCAGUCUGAAUGACAGCACGCCCCGACUCAAAUGUGAAUAGUGUGACCAGGCAGCAGGAUAAAGCUGUAAACAUGUCAACACAGAUUUUUAAAAUCUAAUUGGGACGAGUGGCACACACUUAGAUAUUGAAGCAUCCUUUUUGUAUGACAAGGGAAGUGCAAAGAUGACUGGAGGUUGUCCAUGCGGUUGAUAUUUAGGGUAUCUUCACAUCAGCCUUAGCGUGCUGCUAGAGAUUGUUUUGUUAAAACUACAGAAUCUGACAGCAGCUGGUGCAGUGGAAGUCCCACACAGAGCAGCACAAGGCAAAACACUCAAUCACUGAGCUCACUGUUUACUAUUCUUUCUAACAAUCACCAUUAUUUACCAUGGUGUUUACAGUCCUGACGGGUGGAGCGAGAAGGGUUAGUUUCUCCUCCAUCAGGAGGAUCUGAAGAGGACAGGAAAGAGAGUUUAAACUCUGAAACUCAACCGCUCGUUCUAGCUAUUUCCUUCUUACUCUGGCCUCUAGUUUGACAACAGUAGAGUGGCGUGUAAUAACCCUGGAGUGGUGGGUGUUCUCUUAUUUGUGUUCUUACACACCAUCAGGCUGGGUGUGGUUAUCCUGAUAUGGUGUUAAUAUGUUCAGCUGUUACAACUGCUGUAGCAUCUCUGACAGACCGGUCAUUAUCAAAUUAGAACCCAGGGUGAUGAAGGUGGUAAUUUGUUAUUACCUAUUACACAGUUUAUUAA